AUGUCAAGUAAUCAAAAAACUUAUUGUAGAAAAGAAACUUUGUCGACUUCUGUCAUGUAUAAUAAAAAAAAUAUCAAUAAUAUUGACUUACAAUGUACUGGACUAAAUAAAGUAGUUAAUGAAAACAUUGUAGAAAAUAUUAUUGAAAAUGAUAAUUUAUUAACUGAUCAUGGAAAUAAUUACGCUCAAAUAGCUUUACAAAAAAAGCCUUAUAACGAUAAUGUUCAUCGUUCUCAUUCACAACAAUGUUUAGGGUUACCUUCAACAAGAUCACGUUCUUCAAGUAGAAGUUCUAAUGUUAGUAAUUGGUUAAUGAAUCAUUGUUCUGCCACUUCUGCUUUGGAAUGUGGUUGUGGAUGUUGUAUACUUUGUUUGGCUUCUGUUGAUAAUAUGUCAAUCAUAGAAAGCAGACCUGCUUCAACGAAAACUACUCCAAGAGCUUCUCGACGUAAUUCCGUUACUUCUCGACGUAAUUCCGUCACUUCUCGUCAAAAAUGUCAAAAAUGUUUAAAUUAUGGUAUACCUGAUAUACCUGAAGAAAAUUGUUCCAGUUUCAACAAAAAACAACAUCAAUUAUCAAUACUUAAACGUCUUUAUCGUCAUCAACUUGAACAUAAAACUGAUUAUAGAAAAAGUUGUGAAAAUUUAGAAUUAGAAUUACAAAAAUUUGUCUCUACUGCUUUAAUGGAUUCAUCUUGUGAUGAUUUUUAUGAAAAUUUCGAAGGUUUUGCGUGUCAUAAAUGUAGAAAUGAUUCGAAAAAAUUCGAUUUAAUUGUAGAUCCUCCUAAAAAUGAUGGUUCGAUAUGGAGAAAACGAAUAUGGAAUUAUUUAAAAGAAAAGAUCUUGACCUCCUCUUUAAUUUCUUCAAAUACAAGUUAUAAUAAUAACUCUUCUGAAGAUUUACAUAUUGAUGUUUUUGAUGAUCUUACUAAUAAUAAUUGGUCAAAUUAUUAUAAAUAUGAUGAUUACUCAAAUUCUUCUUCAACUUAUUCAAAUGAUACUAGAAAUGAUGAUGAUUCUACUCCAUUUCCAUCUUCAUUUGCUAUAAUUGGUGUUUUGGUUGGGGUUUUACAGAAUGGUUUCAUCCAUUCAAGACGAAAUGGUAACCUCAAUUUUAAUUCUAAAAGAAAAUCAAUUGGAGGUCCGAUAUUAGACAUUAUUUCUCUUGCAUUAUAUACAAAAAAAAAUCGUAGUGUAAAAAGUAAAAGGGAUAUAUUAGUCAUGAUGAGGGUUAUAAAAUAUGUUACUGUGUUGUUUGUUGGAUGGUCUGUCGGACGAAUGGGGGUAUAA